AUGUCUUUCAAAAUGGCAUGCUAUUUUAUUUGGAUAGUGGAUCAAAUCCGCGCAACUUUCGUCGAAAUACUUAUUGACAAUUAUGUAAAAUCUAAAAUAUUGUAUACAUCAACGAUCGUAAUAUGGAUUACUCAUAACAUUUUUAAAUUUCUGCUCUUUAAUUACGUGUGCGAAACAAUUAGUACCAAGGCAAGUGCAACAGCAAAUUUACUAAAUAAAUUAUUGUAUUCCACUUGUGAUGUUGAAAUUCGUGAAACCAUUUCACAAUAUUCAUUACAAAUUGUACAUAUGCCACUUAGAUUCUGCGGAAUAGGACUUUUCCAAUUUGGUUUCAAAUUUCUUCAUAGGUUCAUCAUGUCAAUUGCGACUGUUUUAGUUAUAAUGAUACAAGCGCACGAAAAUAUGUUAAUAUAA